AUGGCUUUGAAAGUCUACUGUGAUCCAUGUACUAUAAACAGUCGCAAGGUCCUUGCUGCGCUGCAACAGAUGAACGCGGAUUAUGAGAUUCAAUAUGUCGAUUACUUUGCCGGCGAACACAAGAGUGACGAAUUCAAGAAAAUCAAUCCGCAUGCUACCGUGCCGGCGGCCACCGACGGCCCUAACUUGACCCUUACAGAAUCAAAUGCAAUAUUGCAAUACGUUGCCGACACUACUGGGGCCGAAACGAUGUAUCCGAAGGACUUGAAAAAACGUGCUAUAAUCAAUCGAUGGCUACUCUGGGAGGCAUCGGCAUGGUUUCCGUGCUGCUAUGUAUAUGUCAUCGAGAAUUUUGUAAAGCCAAGUUUCUUCAAACAACAACCCGAACAAAAGGCCCUCGACGCUGAAGCCCCAAAAUUCCAUCGUUAUGCGCAUGUUCUAAACGAGCAAUUAGGUAGGACCAAAUGGUUAACGAGUGACACAGAUGUCACUAUUGCGGACUUUGCAGUUGCUGCACCCCUGCAUCUGUACACCGCAUCGAAGAUUCCAUUGGACAAAUAUCCAAACCUGAAGCGAUGGAUGACGGAGGGAAUCGAGCAGCUAGCUGGCUGGGAAAAGACGCAAGGAGCAGUAGACAAGGUCUUUCCGAGACAGGAUGACUGAUCAUAUCGAAACCCUAAAUGUAAGGCACUUUUCAAUCCCACGAGAGCUGUAAGUAUAGCUUGCAAUGCCAUAACUUUGUGCACUUGGUAAAGC